AUGCCUACUAUUACAGCGGAGAUUAUCAUCAAUGGCAAACCUGAGAAAGUGCGGGAGCAUUUCCUCAAACUCGAGAACCACAGCAACUGGAACCCGUUUUUCACCAAAGUUUCGAUGUAUAAGAAGAAGGAUGCUACUGCAACUGAGGUACAACCCGGAGAUCGGCUCGAAAUAGAAAUGAAGCCAGAGGGUUGGUCCUCGCUGACUAUGAUGUACCCCCGUGUUUUAGCCAAUACAGUAACGGAGUUUGUAUGGAAGGGCGAUUUGAUCUUUUCCUGGAUCUUCAGCGGUACACACAGUUUUGUGUUCAUGCCCCAGGCCAACGACGAAGGCAAGAUAGCGUACACCAGAUUGGUUCAGUCAGAGACUUUUUCCGGAGUGUUGGUGCCACUUUUAACGUGGAUGGGACUAUUCAGUCUGACUGAGAAGAGCUUUCAUGCUCUCAACGAAGCAUUGAAGGAGCAGGUGGAACAGCUCGAAUAA